AUGCUCUCCCUCGCCUCUCUAAACCGCGCCACUCCCUCCCGCGCUAUCAAGACAUUCCUCUUCCUGCGCCGGCCCCUCAUGACUCACCCACAACCAGCAGCAGCAGCAGCAGCAGCAGCCAUGACUCCCACUAACCCCACUAACCCCACCAUCCCCACCACCACCACUCCCCGCACUCGCACUCCCUCUCCCACCACUCCCCCAGCACCCAAACGCCGCCGUCUUCACAGCACCUCCCCCACCCCCUCCACAAUGUCCACCACCACCACCACCACCACCAUCACCACCACCACCAUCACCACCACAACCCCCCGCAUCGAACUAAGCGACACCGAAGAGACCGUGCGCCGCCUGCUCGUCGACGCCGGCGCCGAAAUCGACACCUACAACCGCACGACGGGCGCGCGCAACAAGGAGCCCGUGGUGCUGCGCUUCACCGGCGGCUGGGUGCGCGACAAGCUGCUCGGCGUCCCCAGCCACGACAUCGACGUGGGCAUCAGCCGCAUGACGGGCUACAACUUUGGCCUCUACCUCGUCGACUUCCUGCAGCGCCACUACCACAGCUAUGGCAUUGAGCCGGGCGCCGUGCACAAGAUCGAGAGCAAUCCCGAGAAGAGCAAGCACCUGGAGACGGCGACCAUGAAGAUCUUGGGCCUGGAUAUCGAUCUGGUGAACCUGAGGAGCGAGGUGUACAAGGGGGAUUCGAGGGUGCCGAUUAUGGAAUUCGGCACCCCCGUCCAAGACGCCCUCCGCCGCGACUGCACUGUCAACGCGCUCUUCUACAACCUCCACUCACGGCGCGUCGAAGACUACACGGAGCACGGGCUCGAGGACAUGCGCAACAAGAUUAUCCGCACGCCGCUGCCGCCGCAAGAGACCUUUGACGAUGACCCGCUGCGGAUACUGAGGCUGGUGAGGUUUAGCUCGCGGCUAGGAUUUGAGAUUGUGCCUGAGGCGAGGGAGGCGAUGAAAUUGCCGGAGAUUAUUGACGCCCUCCGCCACAAGAUCUCGCGCGAGCGCAUCGGCGUUGAGCUCCACAAAAUGUUCACCGGCCCCUCCCCCCACCGCGCCCUCACCCUCCUCUACGAGCACUCCCUCUACCCCGCCAUCUUCUGCCCGCCCACCAUCCCCUUCCCCGACUCCCUCCCCCUGCACACACUCCCGCGCGCCCUCGCCGCAACCCGCCACCUCACCACCCUCACCACCCCCCUCCUCCCCACCGCGCACGGCCACUACCUCACCUGGCUGCUCACUGCAGUCACGCCCUGGAACGGCGUCGUGCUCGAGGCAGACAUGAAGCGCAGGACGCCCGCUGCGGCCUCCGCCGUAAGGGAGGGCCUCAAGGUCGUGAAUAAGGUGCAUGAUGUUGUUGCGCGGGCGUUCCAGAGCGUGGAUGCUGUGAGGGGCGUGCUAGCCGAGGGGGAGUGGGGCAGGGCGAGGUUGGGCGUGUUUGUGAAGGAGUUGGGGGCGGCGUGGAGGAGCUGUGUGUUGCUGAGUGAGGUGUUGGAGCUGGUGGAGGUGUGGGAGGGGGAGGAGGAGCGGCCUUCAAAAGAGGCGCAAGCCAUCAUCGACAAAUACGAACACCUCGCCGCACGGAUCAUAGAGCUCGGAAUGGAAGAGGCAUAUCUCAUAAAGCCACUCGUCGACGGCAACGAACUCCUCACAAUCUUCUCGCGCCCGCGCGGCGCCUGGAUCGCAAAGGCGAUGCCCAAGAUCCUCGAGUGGCAAUGGGACAAUCCGGCCGCGGGCAAGGAGGAGGCGCUGGAGUGGGUUAAGGCGCAGAAGGCGUUUUUGCUCCGGGCUUAA